AUGCCUCUCAUUAUGAACAUCGAAGACAUCGACAGCCUCGAUGGUCUAGCGCCACGGGCCUGCGAACUAUGUAGGCGAAAAGACAAAGUCUUCCGCUGCUCAGCGUGCCUGGCUGUAUACUAUUGUGGACGAGACUGCCAGGUCCAAGACCGUGAGGAUCACAAGAUUCCAUGCAAGUUGCUCAGGAAAGCACAUAAGCGCUACAGGGAAGAGGAGCAGAAGCUGCGUGAGUGGCAGGAAGAUCUCGACACACCGGAAAACGUCUUUGAAGAGCACGCUGGUCGUUUCUGGAGAAUCAUGGGAACGCGUCCGUAUAUGGUUGCGCGGUUUGAUCUGGCACACAUCAUGAAUGACAGCUACGGCACCCCUGGUGGCCCGAGGGAUCUUGUGCAGGAUAUGCUGGACCAUUAUUUGGACAUGUUGCGACUGAGCCGCUCAGACGGCCUGGGAGUGCGCGAGAUAAUUCCUGCACUAUACGUUCGACUCGGCAGAGACCAAGAUGCCUACGAUUUCCUUAGGUGGUAUGCGGACGUUAAUGAGAAUCCGGACUACGAUUGGGGCAACAUGAGUCUACCUUUUGUCGAUACCAAAAAUGCAGACGCACUUGAGGAACCUCUACAACGAGCGUGGACAGCCAAGUCGUAUCUUGAUUUGAGCCACGCUGUGACACUGCUGUUGGUCAAGGUGCGAAUCUUGCUCGACCUCCAGACCGUCCAAAACACCACCACUGCGCUUGGCGGCACGUUCCCACCCGAAAUUAUCGGACUCAUUGACGGGAAGCUUGUCCGCCGCGAUACCUUGUUACGGCAUCAAAGUCUGUUGAGCAGGCCGGAAAAGCUCGAGCCGCUGAUGAAGAAGAUCAAGAGCCAAAUCAGAGAGGUAUACAAGGCCGUUGGAGAAUACAACCCGCAUUUCUGGAACCUGAUGGUGAACAACCCGGACGCUUGUGUUUUGCAAAGGCCGCAGCUUGAUGGAUAUGCACAGCGAUCGGAAGAAGAGGCUUUGUUUAUCCUCGACUAUACUUUUGCUGCGUGGUAUGAGACGCCGGGAGCUGUCAAGAUGCUUCGAGACUUGGCCAAGAGCUAG